AUGCCACCCAGGAACGCCUACCUUGACGACGACGAACACGAGGGCUACGGCUAUGACACUGUUACACUCUCAACCCUUACACAUCUCUCGGCUAUAGCACGCGCGAACGCGCAUACCUUGAGGGGAAGCUGGAGAUGUUGGAAAGACCGAAGCGAGCAGCAGCUCGAGGUCGAGCGCCUUCGCCGUCUACGCAGGAAAAUCUCCUUCGUCAACGCCAGCAAGCCGAGUGCGAAGAGGCCGAGCACUGUCGCCACGGACAAAGCGAACGCUUCGUUCAAACCACAGCACCCCUUGAUGAGUUCUAUCGCGCUCUCGGCCUCCCCGUUCUUCAACGUUUCGAUGACGCCAUGUCCGCCCGCGGACGUGUCAAUCAUUAAUCUCAUCGCGCGCUCGCACACAAUCACCGAGCCACGCGCGAGCGCGCUCGAUGGCUCCCCUGGACUCGGGAGCAGCGCGGCGCUGCCAGCAAAAUUCGAAGCUUCUAUCGCUCUGAUUUUCCCCGGCGGAAAGCCCUUGCGUCCAUCGCAUCCAUCGGAGAGCGCUUCGACGAGCUCAAGUCUUAGUUCUCCUUCCUUCCCCUCCACGGCCGGCUUUAUCAUGGAUGACGAAAACGUCCACGUUAAUCCGUCACUUGCCCUCAGCUUUUCUUCAUACACCGCCGAUAGCGGCUCGCACAAGACCGAGAACACGCCCUGGCUCGCGUAUACCCGCAAGAACAUUCUUCUUCAUGCGUACGCGGAGCAGCUCAACCAAUUUCUCAUCUCCCUCGAUACAGUUAGAGGCGGAAGGAGAUGGUGCGGAAGGUCGAGGCGGAGGCGGAGAGCUUGGUGGGAGAAGCACUGGCAGGUGUGGAAGGCGCAUGCGCGCGCUGUCUAGACCAUCGUCCCCGGAUCGGCGAAAACUUGAUUACGUACACGGUUGCUGCGCGUGGACAACCACUCUCCGUAGGUGACCGUGUUACGCCUUUUGCAGAUUCCACCCUACCUACCUACUUACCCACCUACCUACCACGCCUCAUCACCUCCGCGCGCGACCUCAACCGCAUAUCUCCCAGAAGUCAGGCGAGCAUCACUGCCUUGGUGUGUGGACGCAUGGUGAUACAUAAG